AUGCAGAACACCAAGAGCAAAGUGACAAGAGAGAGAGAGAGAGAGAGAGAGAGAGAGAUGGCUGUUCAAGCUGUUGUAUCUGUUGUGAUACAGAAACUUUCAGACUUGGUAAAGGAGAGAUCAGAAAUUUUUGAAAGCGUUAGAGAUGAAGUAAAGAAAGUUAUGGAGGAGCUCGGGGAGAUGCAAAGAAUUCUAAAUAAUGCAGAACACCAAGAGCAAAGUAACAGAGUGCUUACAAAUUCGGUGGUUCAGUUUCUAGGCAAAGUCUAUAGUCUUGGGGACGCAAUAGAAUCUUUCGCUCUCACAGAAACCCGUUUGAAAAAGAUGGGUUUUGUCAAGAAGCAUAUAUUCGUCAUGGCAAACGAGUUCAAGCUUUGCAGAGAAGUUCCAGAUGCGUUGGACUGUUCUGAGAACGUCCGUGGACUCAAAUCUAAGAUGAAAGGAUUCAGCAAAGAAAUUCAAGAAUGGAAAGGUAAAAUACCCUCAUUAGCUCCAGCACCGCUCCAGGAUUCUCACACGAUGCGUCUGCAUGAACAAACAUGGCAAGAGAGUGAUGCUUAUUAUGCACGAAAGAGAGAAGACACCAUUUUUAAGAAAGACGUGCAGAAGUUGCUGAAGCAGAUAACAAGCGAUAGCAAACCACUUCAAAUAAUCUCGGUCUUUGGAGAGAUUGGCAUAGGGAAAUCAGCUCAUGUCAAGACAAUCUACAACAAGCAGGAGGUCAAGAACAAGUUUGAUAAAUGCCGUGCACUGCUAGCCGUGUACAAAAACUGGUCAGUUAGAGAUCUUAUUUUGGCUAUACUGCGACAGAUGACCAGCAUGAAGGGCUUGGAGAAACUCAAAGAUGAGGUCCUGAGAGGAAGGCUUCAUGGGUUUUUAAAGGGUCAAAAGUACCUAAUAGUCAUCAAUGAUAUCACAAGUCUUGAUCUCUUGGAAAAGCUCAGGGGUGCCUUACCGGAUGUAUACAAUGGAAGUAGGGUGGUGAUCACCACCCCUGAUGAAGAAGCGGCUUCAUUUGCAGAUGCACCAAGCCGUUAUCACUUCAAGCCUGUAGACAUGGAUGAUGGCUUAAAGAUUUUCAUUAAAAAGGUAUGGGGUAUAAAAGGAUACCCAUUCUCAGACGAGAUUGAAGAUUUGAAAAACAAAAUAGCUGAAAGCUGCAAAGGAACUCCCCUGAGGAUUUCACUGCUUGCUGGUUUGCUAUCGACAAGGAAGGCGAUCUAUGAAGAUUGCUUGAGAGUUUUUGAACAACUUGAUUUUGCUACCAAAUCCCCAUCAUUUGAUAUUUUAGCCUUCUGUUACAAUGAUCUUCCACUUCACUUGAAGCCCUGCUUUCUCUAUUUAGGGCUCUUUCGAAAAGGAUUUGAAAUACCUGUGAGAAGGUUAUUUCGGUUGUGGCUUGCUGAGGGCUUUGUGAAGCCGUCAGAAGAAGGGAUUAUUCUGGAAGACAUAGUGGAGGGAUAUCUGGAAGAGCUUGUGAACAGGAACAUGGUGGAAAUCACAAAAAAGAGAUCCGAUGAGAGUCCCAAAAAAUGCCGAAUGAUUGUAGUCCUACAUGACAUCUUCUUACCCAGGGCUGUAGAAAUAGGCCUCUUCCACCUCCACCAGAAAUCAGAUGCAGCAGAAGAACCUCGCAUCAGAGUUCGUCGGUUGGUUGAAUAUACCAAUAUCAAGGGCUACCUCGCUUCAAAAGCUUUCAGCCAGAAUCUACAGUCCUACAUAUCCUUCAACGGCCGCAAGAAAGAUAUGCCUGCCAAAGAAGUAGGAAUAUUUUUAGAAAGAACUAUUGGAGCAAGAGGGUUUGGAUUACUCAAGGUGCUUGAUUUGGAAGGCGUUUAUCAACCAAAGCUACCAGAUAAUCUGGGCAACCUAUUCCACUUGAGGUACUUAGGCUUGAGAUGGACUUUCUUGGACACUCUUCCUGCUUCACUUGGUGGCCUGCUCUAUCUUGAAACACUUGACAUCAAGCACACACACAUCACCACUCUCCCAAGUUCUAUAUGGAACAUGAAGCAUCUCCGUCAUCUUUGUCUGAACGGAUCUCGUCUAGACAUAUCUGCAAAAUCAAGAGGUCCAAGCCAAAUCCAGAUUUUAUGGGGUUUGUUUGUUGAUGAGAAGAAUGCAAGAAAUAUUGGUUUGACUUUGAGCAGAAUGACCAACCUUCGAAAACUUGAUCUGACAAGACGGUCAUCUUCAACAGUUGCAACAACCAUCACCACUACUGGAACAAGCCAUUCAUCCUCCUACGAAGAAAUUGCUUCAAGGAUUCAAUCAUUGUCUAGCCUUCAAUCUCUAAGAUUAAGGUCCAAGGACAAAAUGGGUCGACCUUCGGAGCUCAUUGUCAAACCUUUCUCAAAUCUCAAGAAUCUAUCUCAACUAUACUUGCUAGGACAUUUGCGGAAACCUCUGCCUUGGUACCAGAUCCCUCCUGGACUCAAAGUCCUCACUUUAUCAGUAUCACAGCUAGAAAAUGAUCCCAUGCCAACACUAUCUCAGCUGUCUAGCUUGAUGGUCCUCAGGCUUUUAGCUUCUUCCUAUGUGGGAGAAGAAAUGCAUUGUCCUGAAAACGGGUUCCCUGCCCUCCGGGUUCUGAAGCUAUGGAAACUGGAACAUCUAAAAAUAUUUACUGUGCAUGAAGGAACUAUGCAGAAACUCCAUACCUUAGAAAUCAGGUGUUGUGAGAAGCUAGAGGAGCUUCCUGUAACCUUGCUGCAGAUAGAGGGUUUUGACAACUUGAUCUUGACAGACAUGCCAUCACCAUUCGUUUCUACUAUUAGAAAUAAAAAGGAGAAGCACACUAAGAUCAUGGAAAUUAAAGAAUAAGUCGUGUCUGAACAGUGGAGCAUCUUGUUAGCUUGGCCUUUUUCUCUCUUGGCCCAUGUUAGAAAAUUUCCUAUGAUAUUGCAGUCAUCUGUUUGCCUUCUUUUGUUAUAAACUUGGUAGCAGCAAGAGAACAUGAUGUGCUCAUAAGAACCUGAAAAUCCCAUCUAAGCGCAUGACACUUAUUUAUAGGUCAUUUACAA